GGACAGUAACGGACAGUAACGGACGCCAACGGACAGUAACGGACAGUAACGGACGCUAACGGACAGUAACGGACACCAACGGACAGUAACGGACACCAACGGACACUAACGGUCACUAACGGACGAUAACGGUCGCUAACGGACACCAACGGUCGGUCACUAACGGUCGAUUACGGUCGUUAACGGACAGUAACGGUCGUUAACGGUCGCCAACGGUCACUAACGGACAGUAACGGUCGUUAACGGUCGCUAACGGACACUAACGGUCGCCUCUCCGCGUCGGGACAGCGGAGCGGCGACGGCCACGCACUGCUGCGGGAAUGAGCAGCGGGUCCCCGCAGCAGCAGCAGACAUGCGGUGCUGCACCGCCUCUGGUCCCGAGCUGAGGCGCGGAGGAGGCGGCGGAGGAGCGGGGCGGACAUGGAGCCGAGCUGCUAGCUUCAACCCCGGGACUCAGUCUGGAGGAGACCCGUCCAGCUGCCCGCUGGAGCCACCGGCAUGAGUCCGCCGCCACGGGCACCCUCAGCGGGAACAAGUGGGACCAGGUCCCGGGACCGAUUCAGGCUGCUGAGAGGACACAGUGAUACCCCGCCGAUGCCAGGGAGAGACUGAGCCUCCGAGCUAAUAUAUAUAUAAUAUAGGCCAGCUAUAGUCACGUAUAGACCCGGUAUAGACCCGGUAUAGGCCGAUAGACCGGCACGCGGUCUGUGAAUCCGUGUGUUUCAUGGAAACUUGGAACAACAAUCGUAAUAUUGACUUUUGUACGACGUCGUUCAGGGCAUUUAAACCAGUGACGAGUCACGCGUUAGAUACAGCAAAUGACUGGUAACCGCGGCAGACCAUAGUCUCACGCCGGUAUAGCACACUUUAACGCCCGUUGCCUUUCUACAUGUUUACAUCGAGGGCACAGCCGCUGACCUUUACUCUGAAGGAACUUAAGUUUGGCCAGUUAUUUAAAGGAGCAGGGAGGCUGACGGUGGAGAUGUCUUAAGCAGUACGAUGCAGUGUGAACUAUAAGUAACUGAACCCCUCCAGAAGAGCCGUUUGACCUCCUCCUCCCUCCUUACUAUGGCUAGCGGUGGCUCGGGCAGGUCGGCCAGCGAGGGAUCCCCCAGCACGCCCGGCGGCAGCCUGCAGCAGAGGAAGCGCCUCUCCUCCAUCUGCGACUCGUGCAAGGCCAAGAUGCAGCUGGUGGCCGACCUGCUGCUGCUGUCCAGCGAGACGCGGCCGGUCAUGACCUCGGAGGGCGUGGCCGUGGCCGACACCUUCGACCAGUGCCGGGACACCGUCAUCGCCAGGACCAAAGAGCUCUCCAUCCUGACCCACGACAUCCAGAGCCAGCUCAACAUGGGCCGCUUCACCGAGGUGGGGGAGCGUCUCCUGGAGGUUGCCGACCUGGUGGUGUCGCUGACGGAGUGCUCGGCCCACGCCGCUUACCUGGCGGCCGGAGACCCCGGCUCCCAGCCCUGCCUGCCGGGCCUGGUGGACCGCUACAAGGUGACCCGCUGCCGGCACGAGGUGGAGCAGAGCUGCGGCGUCCUCAGGGUCGCGGCCAUGCCCGACCACCCCCAGCUGCUCCUCGAGCUCUCCCAGAACAUCUCCACCAACCUCAAGAAUCUCACCGACAUCUCCUCGCUGGCCAGCGAGAGGUCCAGGGACCGCUUCGCCAAGGAGCAGUUCAAACUGAGCGUCAAGAGCAUGAGCACCAGCGGCACCGCCUUCCUGGCGUGCGUCAAAGAGGUGAAGACGCAGCCCAGCGAGCUGACCCGGAGCCGCUGCGUCCUCUUCAGCGCGGCUCUGGUCCAGGCCGUCGGCGCCCUGGUCGGGUUCGCCACGGAGCCCCAGUUCCUGGGCCGAGCGGCGCGUCUCGGCGGAGGGGAAGGGGGUACAGACUGCGGUGUUGGGGGGGCCAUGAGCGUGGUGUCGGCCUGCGUCCUCCUCACUCAGGGCCUCAGAGACGUCGCUCAGCACCCCGAGAGCAGCUCCAAGAUGGCAGACUACCGCGAGCGUCUGCGCAACUCGGCGUGCGCCGUGUCCGACGGCUGCACGCUGCUCACUCAGGCUCUCAGAGAACGCUCCUCGCCACGGACUCUGCCGCCAGUCAACUCUCAUUCUGUGAAUUAGUUUAGGAAGAGGCCACGUUGUUGUCCUGUUCCGACCUACCAAAGAGACUCACUUGGGUUAUCGCUGUGCAUCAGGUUCAGAGUCAGAGCGCCAUCAGAACCGGGCGGUCUCCGGAGCGCGUUUGGAUGCAGAGGAGCGCCGACCACGACGCCACCGCCGCCACGGGGUUCUGCGUCGCGCUGGAUGCGGCUCAAACCUCGUUCCUCCCGGGCCCGUGGAGCGCUCCGGGGCCUCGGCCGAUCCCCCCCAACUCUCACCGACAGACAGCAGCCUUCAAAACCUGAAAAGUUUACCUCAGUUUUCAGCUCCGGUGGAAACGCCAGCCUCGAUGACGGAUGUAGCCUCGCUGUGUGAACCUGCGGCCGGCUGACGGACUCCAGUACAUGUGCUUUGUGAGAUUGGAGAGAGCGAUCCGAGUGUCUUUUUGUUUUGUUUUCAACUUGUGUGAAUUCUUCAUUGGUAAAAAAAAAGAAAAGCUGCUGUGAGUGUGUGCCAUAGGUUUUACACUAUUUACCAGACUUCCCUUUAGUAUUUUAAGUGUUUUGAUUAUGCAUGUAAUGGAGUAUUUAUUUCAACAAUUAAAAACGUUGUUUGGAUAUAUA